UUACAAGGAAACUCACACUAGUAGAAUUUACACCUGAUUUCGUUCAUUUACUCCCCACAACAUGAUUUCACGCUGCUUGUAUUUUUUGUAUCAUUAUUAUUAUUAUUAUUAUUAUUAGCAUCUGGAAUGCAAUUUAUUCUUAUUACCUUAGAUGACAUCUUGUAAGGAUUCAGUAUUUCUUCGUAGUGCUUAUUAAAACCAUCGCCACGUCCUGACAAGUCGAGUAUGAGAGAGACGAUCCACCACCAGGAGACGCUCCUCUGACUCCUCUGGCUCCUCCUGGUGGUGCCACCGCGAUUUGCAGAAAUGCGCUGCUGCCAGUCAGAAACGACCAAGCAGAGCCAGGAGGAAAGUCAACUUUGUUUUCCUGAUUAUUAUUAUUAUUUUUUUUGGUCUGAGCAAAAGUUAAAUGUUUGGUCAAAAACCAAAUAUCUGGGCCAUUACGUCACGGAGCAGCUCUGUGAUGAUGAUGAUGACAUUGUUGCAUAUUGUACCCCCAGGCAAACGUUUUGGGGAGGACAUUUCAUAUGUGCAUGAGGUAAAAAUAAGUCUGUUCAAACAGCCUGUUUGUGUUGCACAUUUAAAAAAGUCACUGCCUACAACUCUCAGUAGCCAUUAACAUCUCCUUUUAACAUCUCCUAAAAUACUCUAAACUUACUCUGGCCAAAUGAAUCUGAUGGAGCGGCUCAGGUCCGCUGGUUCUCACGUAUCAAACAUGGACGUGUGUUUGCAGUGCGACUGCAGCUUCUUUUUUUUUCUUUUUUUUAAAUCAAGAUAAAGUCGGUCGGGACACGUUUUUAGAAAUGUGGACGUGAUCAAAUGUGACAGUUGAGAUCAAAUUCAGACGGUGAUCGUGUGGUGGAGAGAGCGACUCGGUGGGAGGAGAGAGCAGAUUUAUUGCGGACUUCAUCCGAAGACGAACACAUGAGACGAAGGAGCGGACGGGCCUGAGCAUGGGUGACCUGUUGGUGCUGCUGGCGCUGCUGUGGACAUCAGGAGUCCAGGCGGAAGAAAAACACGAGCCAGAAGAGGCUGAUUACAGGUUGGUGGGAGGAGCGAGUCGUUGCUCAGGUAAACUGGAGAUGAGGCUGGAAGAGUGGAAACCAGUCGCUGGAUCUGACUUGAUCCUGAGGGACGCGGUUGUCGUCUGUGAGCGUCUGGGCUGUGGCUCGGCUCUUUCUUUAGAAGAAAAGUUGCAAUCGCCGCUCUUGCCCACGUGGAUGAUCACACCUAGAUGUCUUCAGUCAGGAAAGUCUUUGAAGGAGUGUGCUUAUCCAGGGAAUUUAAUUUUGGCCCUAGAGCUCACCUGUUCAGACUCCAUUAGGCUCCUCAAUGGGACCAGUAUGUGUUCAGGCAGACUGGAGGUGAAGUCCUCCCAGUCUGACCAGUCCAACCGGAGUUGGUCCUCUGUGUGCGACGCUGACUUUGACCACAAAGCUGCAGAAGUGGUCUGUAGGGAACUUGGCUGUGGGCCUCCUGUUGUCCUCCAGGGGGCGUUCUACAGAGAAUCGGAGGCUGCAACAUGGACCGAAGCCUUCCAGUGUGCAGGAGAUGAGUUUUCUCUCCUGCACUGUAGGCGCUCAGGCUCAACCAGACACACCUGCCCACCUGGCAGAGCUGUAGGACUCACCUGCUCAGAACCUGUCAGGUUAGUGGGUGAAGGAGCCAGCCGCUGUGCAGGUACGCUGGAGCUGAAACACCAGGGAGAGUGGAAACCAGUGAACUUCUAUGGGAUCAGCUACAAGAGAGCGUCUGUUAUCUGUGAACACAUUGACUGUGGCUCUCCUGUGUCUAUAAUUGACAAAGGCUCCUCAUACAAGUCUGUAUUAGGCAUUCGCUCUGACUGCUUACCUCCUGUCCACGCACUAAGGGGCUGCGUUUCUCCACAAGACGCUUCCGGAAUCAGCCACGUUGUCUGUUCUGACUCCAUUAGGCUCCUCAAUGGGACCAGUAUGUGUUCAGGCAGACUGGAGGUGAAGUCCUCCCAGUCUGACCAGUCCAACCGGAGUUGGUCCUCCGUAUGCGACGCUGACUUUGACCACAAAGCUGCAGAAGUGGUCUGUUGGGAACAUGGCUGUGGGCCUCCUGUUGUCCUCCACGGGGCGCUCUACGGAGAAUCGGAGGCUCCAACAUGGGCCGAAGCCUUCCAGUGUGCAGGACAUGAGUUUUCUCUCCUGCACUGUAGGCGCUCAGGCUCAGCCAGACACACCUGCUCACCUGGCAGAGCUGUAGGACUCACCUGCUCAGAACCUUUCAGGUUAGUGGGUGAAGGAGCCAGCCGCUGUGAAGGUACGCUGGAGCUGAAACACCAGGGAAAAUGGACAACAUUGGGAAGUUACAACCUGACCUCAAAUGAAGCCGCUUUAAUCUGCAAACACCUGGGCUGUGGCAGCGCCGGUGUCUUACAACUACAACGUUUACCAACCAUGACCAUGUUGACUCUGGUCCCUGAAUGUGUUUCCUCCGGUUCCGCUCUAAGGGAAUGUGUUUCUUUCCUGUUCUCCUUCCACUAUGUGCAUCUUACCUGCUUAGGCCAAUCAUUUCAGCCAAUCAUCUCUGUGUCUGACGGCAACACAACGUUGGAUGUCCAGCAGCUGAGCAUACGGGUGUCCAGAGGUUCCAGCUUCAUCAUCAGCUGCUCCAUCCAGUCACAGCAUCUGGGGGGCUUCUUCAAACUCUUCUUCACCUCCUCCAACACGGCACACAGCACAAUUCAGCCGGCUGUACACCACUGUGCCCAUUUUCUGUUUCCUAAAGCUGAGCCUGCCCACCAAGGAAACUACAGCUGUGUCUAUGUUGUCACCGUUUUCUCUCAAACAACUUUCUCUGAGAGCCAUGUGCUGUCCCUCACCGUCUCAGAUUCAACAGUUCAUCUCAUCAAAGUCGUCCUCCUGCCUUUGACUCCGCCAUUGCUUGUUGCUGUCUUGUUUUCCUGCUGGAAGGUCACCAGGAGGCAGAGGAGGCACAGACAGGACAACAUGGAGAUGCUCCAGUCCAACAUGUCUGCAGCUGGAGGACAGACAACCGAGGAGGAAGGAACUCAGGAAGACGAGGAAAACAGUACUUCCAGAUGAAUUCAUCAAGCAAGCCCACCAGAGCACAGUAGCUGUAUUUUUAUAAUUUCACUUUGAAAUCCAACAAACAACUGCCACAAACACCACUGCGUUUAUAUUCAGAUCACUGGAAGCGCUGUUAGUUGAGGUUUUGUGGGCUUUUUUUUAAGACCUUGGAUUAUUUCUCCAAACACAUAGUUAAAUUCUGAGUCACUUUUGAAUUAACUUCCAUCAAAUGUUAGUAUCCAAUUUAUGUUUUUUUUUUCUAAUUUAUGUUUUAUAUGAUGAUGGUGUAUACAGAUAUACAUAGGGAUGCAUUUAUCUGGAAAAGGAGUGGGAAGAAGGCAAAUUUAUUUACCCCAAAAUUAGUGUUCUAUACAUGCUAUUUCUUUUUUUUUUGUAAAUGCUACUGAUGUCACCCAUAAUGUCCCCACCAAAUUGAUAUUUCAAUCAUGCAUUAUAUAUCAUGUAUUAAUUAUAUAAUAUGAUAAAAUUGUGUAUGCCUGCUUUUCAAUAAUGAAUAAAAUAGCAUUUAGCAAUUCUAUUAAGGUAUUGAAGCAAUAGUAAUUCUGAGUUUUGUAUGUUGUGCAUUAGAAAGUAUUGGUAUUAUGUUAACCCAGCGUCUACUAGCUUAGCAUAUAUUCAUGGUCAAUAAUCACACACUUAAUAUUCUUGGUUUUUACAAAUUUAUGAUUGUCGCAUUUCUGGAAUUUUGAACUAUACGGUAUCGAUUUUUCAUUGUCGGCUUGAUUUUAGAAAAAUAAAUGGCUUGGAUUA